CAGAGAGGUGAGCUCUCGAAUUGCUCAUGCCUUCGUGUUCGAUGUACUCGCGGAGUUGUUCGAUCUCCCCCGCUUUCUCGAGUUCUACCGUGACCCUAAUUUCUUCUCCUUCUCCUGAAAUCUCUGGAAGAAUCGCUGGUUUCGUCAUGGACGCGAGGAAGUACGCGAAGGCGGCGGCGGAGCUGGGCAUCCAUGUCCUCGACACCUGGCCGUGGUGGAACAUCCUCAUCCGCCUCCCGGCGAAGUCGGUCCUCCGCUUCCGCGCUGUCUGCAAGGCCUUUCGCGACCACAUCUCCUCCCCCGAAUUCCUCCGAGAAUUCCAGCGCCUCCAGAAGCCGCAGCCCCUCAUCCUCCCCGCGGACUACGCCCGCGACGAUCCCAGAUAUGUGCACCUCGAGGCCAUCGACCUCCUCACGGAUCAAGUCCGGCAUAUCUUCCGGUUCGCUACCGCUGCCGCUGGCGAGCAGUACGUCCACCGCGCCCCAGGCACGAUCGUGUUCGCGGUCCACGGCUCCGUCGACGGUCUCCUCCUCGUCUCCUUCCUCGACAGCUGGUACGUCUGCAACCCGUCGCUGCGCCAGUGGGCUCCAAUGCCGGCUCUCGAUCCCCACGAGGUCGUCGGGUUCUACUCGCACGCCGCUUCCGGAGAGUACCGCGUGCUCUACCAAAAGGGCGCAGAUGACCCCUCCGUCGACACUUGCUACUACAUCAUCACGGUGGGUUCCCAGCAGGCCGCCAGGAGCAUCGGGUGCCCCGUCUCGCCGGCGACGAUGCUCGAGGCGUGGUUUGACAGAAGACAAGUGGGGUUAGAAGGCGCCUUCCGUGAACCGCCCGCCCUGGUCGGCGGCAACCUGUACUGGCCGCAGCGGGAUCGUAUAAUGGUGUUCGACACGGCGGCAGAAGUGUUCAGUUGGAUUGACUCUCCUGACACAAACAGCGUCAUGAAAUUGAUGGAAAUGGAGAGCAAUUCAAGGCUGGGAGCGUUAAAGGUUGGUCUCUGGAUUCUGGAGGAUCACGAGGGUGAGAUUUGGGCUCACGCUUGCCGGAUUGAACUGUCAUUGGCACAGAUCACGAUGGGUUCAGCUGGGUCAGACCGUUGCACGCCAUUUGUUGUCUCACCAGAAGGGGAUGUGCUAAUUGAGUGCCCAUCGACGCCGUUGAACCUCGGAGACGAUGAGCUAGAAGUGUGGCCGGCAUGUCUGCUGCACUACAGCAAGAAGGACGAAGAGCGGGGCAAGUUCAACUUUGAACACAACUGGACGACGUCUCCUACACAUCUCCUCAAGGAAAGCCUUCUUCCGCAUGCGUUCUUGCAGCCACAGGUGGAUGGUGAUGCUCUUACGCCACCUUUUUUCCAGGGGUUGUAGAUUGGCUGGUGAUUGCUCUUCUCAGUAUCUACUCUCGACAUACUGCAAUUUCAGUGGACUCUCUAUCGUUUCCCACUACUCUUAUAUGCUCAAAGUUCUUGUCUAAGUGAUAGGAAUUAGUACUAGUCAUGGCCAAAUGCUCCAUUUCUCUUUAGUGUAUCGAAAUUCUGUAAGCCACUGGUGAGCAAUUUGCAUGUUUGCAGAACAUGAUUGCGAAAAAAAGGCUCAGGUGCUGCCACUGGCAAGGCUGGCUUAAGAGUGCAUUAGUGUUUGCACUUUUUAGUCGAGCAUCUAUGCAUUUCUUACAAUUUCAGACUGUAACCAUUGUUGAUGGUAACAAAGCAGUUGAUAAGAGCUUCCCAUUUCCUAA